GGCUGCAGGAGGUGUAGUUCAGGUGUUGUUCGGGUGUUGCUCACCCGCUCCUCCCCUCCCUGCGCCUCAAGUCCAAACACGUCCCCUUGGCCCGGGCGCAGCGGAGCCGGCAGCGAGCGCCCAGGGUCCCGGCCCGGCAUGGGGGACGCGAGUGAUGCGGACAGUGGGAUCCUGCUGCACCCGGCUCCCAGUAUCCCCAGCUGGCCUCGGGCUGGGCAGCAGCGGGCACUGGAGGCGCGGUUGGAUGUGUGCGUGCAGGAGCUGCGCCGGCUCUGCCUGCGAGAGGCGGAGCUGACAGGGACACUGCCCCGUGAGUACCCACUGAGAGCUGGGGAGAAGCCCCCCCAGGUCCGGCGCAGGAUCGGGGCUGCCUUCAAGCUGGAUGAGACCCUCGUCCUGCGUGGGGCGCAGGACCCUGUGAGUGCGCUGGAGCGGGAGCUGGCGCUUCAGCUGCAGAUCGCCCGCGCCGCGCGGCGCCUGUGCCGCGAGGAGAACAUCGGCCGGAGGCUGCGGCGGCGCCGGCAGAGCGCGGCCCUGCUGGAGGAGCAGAAGCUGCGGCACCUGCAGAGCAUCCUCAGCCAGCGGCGCCUCCUCUCUGCCCACACUGGUACCCAGGAGCACAGCGAUGACAGCUCCUUGUCCGACACCGUCCCGCUGGAGGAGGAGGAGACCAGGACACCGGGACCUGGCUCCCCACGGGGGGACCCUGAGGAGCACAGCGAGGAGGAGGAGGAGGAGGAGGAAGAGGGAUCGGGGUCCCCAUCGGAGCCCCCCAGCCCCUGGGGGGAUGCUGGCCCCAACAGAGCCCAUGAGAAGCCCAAAGCUGCUGGUGUCGAUGCUGGGGAUGGGGGAACACGGAGCUCCCGGUGCUAUCCUGGGUCCCCACCAGCACCCGGUAGCCCUGGACCGGUGUCCUCACCGGUGGGCAGGCCUAGGGAUGUCCCUCCCUACCACCUGGUCCCCAUCCGGACCCUGGUGCUGUGCCGGCAGGCGGGAUCCAGCGCUCCCGGCAGCCCAGAGCCAGCGGGACACCGGGGACAGUCCCAGUCCAUGAGGCUGGAGGGCUCCCGAGCACCGGAGCCCCGGGGCCGCAGCGCCGCCCCCCGCCGGCGCCCCACGUACUACACGGUGACGGUGCCUGCAUCCUGCGUGCCCCGCUCGGGCUCCGACGACAGCAUCUCGGGGCUGUCCAGCGUCUCCCACGCCACGUCCCCGGGCAGCAGCAGCCCCGAGCUCCCGGUCCCUCCGCCGCCCGUCCCCGGUUACCUCCCCCGGGGGGCGCUGCCGGUGCCGGUGCUGUGCGAGCCGGACCCGGCCCCGCUGCGCUACCAGCGCCUGGUGCCCUCGCACAGCCGCAUCGUGCGGACCCCGUCGCUCAAGGACUACGCUCCCGUCCGGGGGGUCUCCAAGGCCACGGUCAGUGAGGAGCUCAGGUCCUGGCACCAACGCGCCCGGUUGAGGGGGGCCCGGCCCCAUUCCCUGGACCGGCAGGGAGCGUUCCGGGGCCCCCGCACCGGCGGCGGCAGGGACCUGCCCCGGGUGCUGCUGCCCAGGGCUCAGCAGCACCCAGGGGUCCCACCAGGAUGGGUGCAUGCAGCCCCCACCCUCAGCACCCCAGUGGCCCAGGAUGGGUGCUGGCACCCAUGGGUGCCUUCUCCCACACAGGGUCCCCCCCCAGUGCCCGUCCUGCGGCGCUCCUCGGAUGCUGUGUCCGUGCAGGUCUAUGUGCCUGAGAACGGCGAGAUCGUGACACAGGUGUGAUGGGGACACCCAACCCCAGACACCCAACCCCGGACACCCAACCCCAGACACCCCAACCCUGGGACACCCCCAGCCUGGCUGGCCCAGGGACAUGGGACAUGGACACCUCUGGGGUGCGUGGGGCUGGCCCCCUGACCCCCAUUGUCACUGUGCCCCCAGUGUCACCGUGGUGCUGGAUUUGGGGCUCUGGUCUCUAAUAAAGGUGCAUGUUGGGGUGCUCUGGUGGGUCCCCAGCACUGGCCCCUG